GGGGAGGGGCCUGCGUGAGACCUAUGCGGCCAGGUCGGGGCUCAUGGCUGCCUCCGGGACGGCCGGCACUUUCCGUCUCCCGCCGUUACCCACGAUUCGAGAAAUCAUUAAGUUGUUUAGACUGCAAGCCGUGAAGCAGCUAUCCCAGAAUUUUCUCUUGGACUUGAGGCUGACAGAUAAAAUUGUAAGGAAAGCUGGCAGUCUGACAAAUGCUUAUGUUUAUGAAGUGGGCCCUGGGCCUGGGGGAAUCACAAGAUCCAUUCUCAAUGCCGGUGUUGCUGAACUGCUGGUGGUUGAAAAGGAUAGUCGUUUUAUUCCUGGAUUACAGAUGCUUUCUGAUGCAGCACCUGGAAAAUUGAGAAUCGUCCAUGGAGAUGUCUUGACAUUUAAGAUAGAAAGGGCUUUUCCAGAAAGUCUCAAAAGACGGUGGGAGGAUGAUCCUCCAAAUGUACAUAUUAUUGGAAAUCUGCCUUUUAGUAUAUCAACUCCACUGAUUAUCAAAUGGCUUGAAAAUGUUUCUCAUAGAAACGGACCUUUUGCUUAUGGCAGAACCCAAAUGACUUUGACUUUUCAAAAGGAAGUGGCGGAGAGACUUACAGCCAGUACGGGAAGCAAGCAGCGUAGUCGCCUCUCCAUCAUGGCCCAGUACCUCUGCAAUGUUCAGCACAUCUUGACAAUUCCAGGUCAGGCUUUCAUCCCCAAACCAGAGGUGGACUCGGGGGUGGUGCAUUUCACCCCCCUGACCCGGCCCAGGAUAGAGCAGCCGUUCAGGCUGGUGGAGAAAGUCGUUCAGAAUGCCUUUCAGUUCCGAAGGAAAUACUGCCAUCGAGGGCUUGGAAUGUUAUUCCCUGAAGCUCGGCGAUUAGAAAGCACUGGGAAACUGUUACAGUCGGCAGAUGUGGACCCUACUCUUCGACCCACCCAGCUCUCUGUCUUACAUUUUAAGAGCCUCUGUGACGCAUACCGAAAAAUGUGUGAUGAAGACCCAUACCUCUUUGCUUACAAUUUCAGAGAAGAACUCAAGCAAAAAUCAGAAAAAAGGGGAUGACAAGGAGAGUUACAGACUGUAGCUGCUACUUCAGGGGCUGGCAGCCGACUGGAUGCCGAUUUUCACAGUGUUGAACUUCUCAUAUGUGUGCUCCCCAGGUGUGACUUAUUCCCCUUUUACAGCUUGGUAAAGAGAAUAAAUAUCAUCAAAUAAG